AUGGCUAUGAGUCAAAUAGCAGUAUCAACAAUCCGUAAUGUAACCAUUAUUGGAGGCGGAGCUGCAGGUUUGACAACUGCAAUCUUUGCAAAACAAACCUAUCCUCAUUUAAAAGUUACUAUUUUGGAAAGAAAAAGAGAAGCUGGAAAGAAGAUAUUAAUGUCUGGUGGUACUCGAUGUAAUGUAUUACCUAAAAAGGUUGAUAUACGACACGAUUACUUUAGUGAAGAUAUGAAUAUUGCAAAAAAGAUAAUGUCUAGUUGGAAUGUAGAUGGAUGUUAUAAAUGGUUAUCAGAUGAUAUUGGUUUGAAACUUGAACUAGAGGAAGAGACAAACAAGUAUUUUCCUCAUUCCAACUCUGCAAGAGAUGUUCGUGAUAAACUAAGAGACAAGUGUAUCAAUCUUGGUGUUGAUAUAGUUUAUAAUAGAAGAGUUGAUGUUGUACAUAAAGUAGGUGGAGCAGAUGAUAAUGGAGAUAAACCAUCAACAUUUAGGAUAAAAGGUAUUAAUGAACAAAAUAGUGAUGAACCAUUUAAUCAUUUGACAGAUGCUAUAGUUGUGUCGUCGGGUGGUUUAUCGUUUCCUGCAGUGGGAACGGAUGGUAGUGGAUAUAGAAUAGCAAAGUCAAUGGGACAUUCGAUCAACCCUACCUAUGCAGCGUUGACACCGCUCAAGGGUAUGCCGAUUGGAGGUGACCCUUUGGCAGGACUAUCAAUGAAUUUAGCACUUAGAGUAUCAGGUGUUCAUCGUGAACCAAUCGUUGCUAAUCGAUCUGGAUUCUUAUUUACACAUAAGGGGUUUAGCGGACCUUCUAUACUCGAUCUGUCACAUUACUGCGUCAAAGCACUCGAGUCGAAUGGCUCAAUACCACUUCCAUCGUUAUCGGCACGGCUUGAUGGAGCUGAUAAAACGCAGUGGACCGAAAGAUUGGCCAACGCCAACUCUCAGUAUGGCACACAGAACCAACUACUCUCUAAUCGACUCGGAGUAUUCAUCCCACACAACUUUGUUGAUCGCGUGAUGACACAUCUCAACCAAAAAGACAAAAAGAUGAACGAACUAUCAUCGUCUGAACGAAAGGUACUCGUAGAGUUUCUCUCCAACAUGCCGGUCGAAUACACUGGUCAUGACGGCUACAAAAAGGCAGAGGUGACAGGGGGAGGCGUCCCCUUGACACAAAUCAAUCAUCAAAACCUUGAAAAAUUGGAGGUUUUAAUUUCUAUUGGGCAUGGAUAA